GAUGGUUGUUGAUGAACGAGUUGGUGAACCUGAGCUCUUAUAGGAACGCCUCCUCCUUCAGUUCCUUGGAGUGACUGCUCAUCCAACUUACAUCAAACUGAUCAUACUCUCACAUCAUAUAUGACAGAUCUUACUUUCAACGGCGCUUUCUCAUAAAUCACCACUCUCUCGAUUCGUUCAACUUCUGUGCACACCCACCAUUCACGAUGGACGAGAGUGCGCGGCCGCUCCGCGACAUCGCGAACCCGGGCAUCAAAGCUCCCGGCGACCUGCUCAGAGAACUGCGCGCAGAGGUGGCAAACCUGCUGGGCCGGAAUUCAUACAGCUUCCCAGGCGCGCAACCAGUCAGUUUUGCCCGACGACACUUGGACGAGUUGCGCAAAGAAGAUUACUACGUUUGCGAAAAAUCAGACGGCAUCCGCUAUCUCCUCUACCUAACCGCUGACGAGCACGGCGGCGAGUGCCACUACCUGAUCGACCGUAAGAACGACUACUGGUGGGUGCACCAACGCAACCUGCACUUCCCGCUGGCGCAUGACCGCGCAGCCUUCCACACCGGCACGCUUAUCGAUGGGGAGCUGGUCAUGGACACGCUGCCUGACGGCUCCAAAGAGCCAAAAUUCCUCGUCUUCGACCUGCUCGCGCUUGACGGCAAGGCCGACCUGCUGUCGAAGCCCCUCGACAAACGGCUUGGGUAUUUCAAAGAGCACGUCAUGAAACCCUACAAGAACCUAUUCGCGGCAUUCCCCGAGGAGCUCCAGUACCAGGCCUUCAAGGUGGAGAUGAAGGAGAUGCAGUUCUCGUACGGGAUCGAGAUGAUGUUUCGCGAGGUGCUACCGAGUCUAAAGCACCAAAACGACGGGCUGAUCUUCACCUGCCGGACGAGCCCGUACCAAUUCGGCACCGACCCACACAUUCUUAAAUGGAAGGCGCCGCAUGAAAACACGGUGGACUUCCGGCUCAAGCUGAACUUCCCGCUGGUGGAGCCCAACGAGCUCGAGAGGGCGGACGGCCAGACGGAGCCGUUCGUGGACUACGAGAGCGUCCCCGACGCGAGGCUGCUCGUAUUCACCGGGAACGAGCGGGGUGUGCCAUCGUACGACGAGUUUAAGGAGCCGUUGUACCUGACCGAGGAUGAAUGGGAGACGCUCAAGAGCUGGGGCGACCCGUUGCAGGACCGUAUUAUCGAGUGCUGCUUGGAUGAGCAGAAGAGAUGGCGGCUAUAUCGGUUCAGGGACGACAAGCUGGAGGCGAACCACGUCAGCACGGUCAAUAGCGUGCUCGAGAGCAUCAAGGAUGCCGUCAGUGAUGGGGAGCUGAUGGCAGCAGCCAAGGGAAUAAAGGAUGGCUGGAAGAUGAGGCAACAGCAGCAUCGUGAUCAUUAGCCGGGUGGCACUGGGAUUGGGCGUGGGAUGGUUUCAGAACGGUGUUUGUCAGGUUAGGGCUAUAGUUAUGGGGUUUUUGAUUAAUCUGGUCUCUAUGUUUGGCUAUAGAUGGUUCUUGGAACAGCGAUGUGACAGGGUGCCCGGCGGCACAGCGGGCUAGGCGCGAUAUUUGGGUGUCUAAUCUGGGCGUUUAGGGGGCAAAGGAGUCACCGUCUGACUAGUCGUGGUAGCUUACAUAUUAAUAUUGGUGUUCCCACCUUC